UUUCCGCGCCGCGUGGAGAGGCGGAGAGAGAGCGCGAGCGCGCAGAGACCGAGGCAGCCGCGGCGCGAGCAGGUGUCGCUCUCCCAGGGUUGCUGACGGUGAACCCGGCAGCCGGCGAAGCCCCUCCCUCACCUGGACUGGGCCGUCCUGCCUCGUGAAGAAGGGUUGCCUGAGCCAUGGAAAGUUCUUCAGAUACAUUUGGAAAGGAUGACCCUGCUGGUGCCAAGUUACAAGAAUCCAGAGUAGUGACUGAAGAAGAAUGGCUGCAGAAAUGGGAAACGAACAAUAUUGGAUUUCAUAACGAGCAAGGACAUCCUCUCCUAAAGAAGUAUAUGGAUAUAUUUCUCGAUGGCAGGAGUGGGCUGAAGAUAUUUUUCCCACUUUGUGGCAAAACCAUUGAAAUGAAAUGGUUAGCUGACAUGGGGCACCAAGUCGUUGGUGUGGAAAUCAGUGAAAGUGCACUGAAGGAUUUUUUCACAGAACAAAAACUUUCAUUUUCGGAAGAAGCCAUUCCAGGCAUCCCUGGUAAAUUACUGAAGAGCACAACUGGAAAUAUUUCUUUGUACUGCUGCAGUAUUUUUGACUUCACCAGCGCCAUCACUGGCAAGUUCGAUGCGAUUUGGGAUAGGGGAUCUCUAGUAGCUGUUAACCCUUGUGACAGAGAACGCUAUAGCCAGUUGAUAUUAUCACUAAUGGACAGCAGGUGUCAUUGUCUACUAGCAACCUGUUUAUAUGACCCAAGCAAACAUAAAGGUCCACCCUUCUAUGUUCCUGAUUCUGAAGUGAAACAAUUAUUUGGCAAAUCCUGUGAUAUUACAUGUCUUGAAAAAGUCGAUGGUUUAGCAGAGAGGCCUAAGAAGUGGGGUUUAGAUUACUUUUGGGAGGUGCUAUACAUGCUUGUGUUAAAAUAGCCAAGAAGAUAACAAGCAUCUUGGGCUGCAGGUUGAGCAGGAGGAAGCAAGCACACACCCAGAUAGAUUGUACUACUUUUGUGACAGCAUCAGUUCAUCCCUAAUAUUUGAGAAAUUCCUAGCCCCACAUGUCACCACCAAAAUCAGCAAUACUGAAGGUAAAUUAUCAGCAAAGCAGUGGAAAACUUUAUACUCAUAUGAUUUCUGUAGGUUACAAUGGAGACAACUUCAAGCUGUCAAUUUCAGGCUACAGUCUAGGCAUAGUGAACACAUCCUAGUGGAAGCUGCUUCCUACUUUAUGUCGAAACAAAAUUAAAAAAUUCCUUCCAGUAGCACCUUA